CAAAGAAACCUUGGAAGCCUUGAGGAUGUGCAAUGUGCUCCAUCACAUGGAUUCCCCGCGACGGCACCUCAUCCUCGUUUUUCAAUCAGGAGGAUGGAUGAGAAGUUGGAUCUCAUUGACUGCGCAUUCUUCUUUAGAAAACGCCAACCAUGGCCUCAAGGCGAGAGCAUCGUUCCUACAACAGUUAGUUUACCCCUUCGUAGCCAAACUUUGGAAUUAAUUAACUUGCCGUUUCCGUACAUUGCUUGGGUCAGGCUUCAUUCAGACCUAAAGGAGCAAUGUCUCUGUUGUGUCUUUUUUGCUCUCCUCCCUCCAAUAGGAGACAUCGUCCCAUUUGUCUGCAUGAAGCGGAGAUGAUGAUGCGCUGUUGUUUAUCCGGGCAGUCAGCCUGGAUUUCCUGAUUCAGACAAUAAUUUCAUUAACUAGUUAUGUCUCCCAGCAGGCUUUUCUGGAAGCGAGCAUGCUUGGCCACAGCCCAUUCCUAGCCAAGUCAAUUGCUCUUCUUUGUUUCUUUCUCACGGUUGAAGUCUGGGCACGAACGAGGACACGGCGUUCAAAAACUGCGGGUGCACCCUCUUGCGGUUACUCGGUACACUAUUACCCUAUUGCGACGUUCCAGUUGUAUGCCUGAUACCUAAAUUAGUAGAGGUACCAGGGCUCUUUGAUAUAAAGCCUACAGAUGCAGAGCUUUCCGACCCCAAAAGGGGGGCCUUAAUGAACGGGCAGAAAGAAGUCGCCAAGCUUCAUUCUCAGUUCCCAUUCACCGCGCGAAAUUUCAUUGUCCUCACAUUCACCUGCUGCUGGCUAUAAUAAAACCACCUUGGAACGUUUAACACCAUGGUUAGGCGCAACAUCAAACUCCUCUCCAACGGCGCGCGGCAUCAUCAGAUCCCUACUUUCUCAUCUCACUGCUACGAAACCUACCACGAAACAGGAGUAUAAGAAGGAUAUUAAGCGGCCAACAACCAUGGCAGCCCAAACCCAAACUCCCCCGCAGUUCACACACAUCCAGUCCAAGGGCAUUUAUCACGGCCUGCCAGUCAUUCCGGAAUCUGAUUCCCGCAAGGGGCUGACAGCGAUUGUAACGGGAGCCAAUGGCAUAUCAGGUAGCCACAUGGUGCGCGUGCUGGCAGAAACCCCCGAGCGCUGGGCAAAGAUAUACACCAUGUCCCGUCGUGCGGCUAUUGGAGGGAGCAAAUAUGGGAAUGUGACGCAUCUCGAGCUGGACUUCUUGAAGAGCUCGCCGGGAGAUUUGGCCAAGGCCAUGGUGGAGAAGGGAGUUAAGGCUGACUAUGUCUUCUUCUACUCGUAUAUUCAGGUUCCUCCGAAGACUGAGGGGUCGAUUUGGUCAGAUGCACAGGAGAUGUGCAAUAUAAAUGGUGCUUUGCUCUCCAACUUCAUCCAGGCUCUUAAACUUGCUUCAAUCACUCCCAAGCGCUUCAUGCUCCAAACAGGUGCCAAAAGCUACGGUGCACACCUCGGCACCGCGAAAUCUCCUCAAGUAGAAUCAGAUCCUCGCGUUACAAUCGAACCAAAUUUCUACUAUGACCAAGAAGAUUUGCUCUUCCAGUACUGCGAGGAAACAGGCACGGAAUGGAACGUCGUCCGCCCUUCAUUCAUCCUCGGAGCCGCCAAAGACGCAGCCAUGAACCUGGCUUACAGUCUUGGUGUCUUUGCCGCCGUCCACGAACAUUUAGGCAAGCCAUUGGUCUUCCCUGGAAAUAUAGCUUCGUUCGAUGUCAUCAGAGACCUGUCUUCGGCUAUGUUGAAUAGCUAUAUGGCGGAAUGGGCUGUGCUAAAUCCAGUUGCCCCCAACGAGGCAUUCAAUGCCUGCGACUGCAGCGCAGUGACUCCCGGCGCUCUCUGGACCGCGCUUGCAAAGAUGUAUGGGCUUGAAUGUAAAGUUCCAGAUCCAAAUGCUGAGUAUCAGAGCCUCACUCUACCAUUUGAUCCUCCUCCUCGAGGAUUUGGACCUCCCGAAAAGAUCGAAUUCACCUACAGCAUUGCCGCAUGGGCGUACGACCCACAGGUCCACACAGCAUGGCAAGAGCUCACACAGAAACAUGGCCUCGUCCACAACCCAUUCGCCACACCAGCUGAUCGAAACCGUAUCUUCGGCUUCACGGAUACCGCUAUUUUGGGAGGAACCCCCGUGCACUUCAGCAUGGACAAAUCUCGUAAGCUGGGUUGGCAUGGCACCGCUGACAGUUUCGCGUCGCUACGCAAUGUUCUCGAGGAAUUCGUGCAGAUGAAAAUGCUGCCGCCAUUGCCUUCGACCGCGUAGACAUGCCUGCCGGCCAGCUGCCUUUUCUGGAUAUUUGUCUCCUUUUUAGUAUUUUCCUCAUCAACUCUUCUUUUGUCCCGGCGAUUUCGUGUCAAUUUUCUUUUUUGACUCCUUCCGUUUUCAGGCGUUCAUGAUGAUUCAUUCAUGUUAUUUUUUCCCCGAGCUGUAUUGGUGAUGAAUGUAGGGUAACGAAAACUCCCCGAUUUUUAUUCUUGCCUAAACACGAUCCAAGACAACUCGCGGUCUUCUGAUGCAACCUGCAGGUGAUCAGUCCAGUUUGCAGUCCCUUGCCUAUCUUCUGCUUCAGAACACCAUAACACCGGUGAUCAGUCUGGGUUGUGGCCACAGUUGCGCCCCCACCACUGCAGCUGGUGAUCAGUCCAGUUUGCAGUCCCUUGUCUAUCUUCCACUUCAGAAUGCCAUAGCACCAGUGAUCGGUCGGGGUUGUGGCCACAGUUGUGGUAGACCCACCUUCUUCGAAAAAGGUCUAGCGCUCACUCCCUCAUUCCUUAUUAGGUUUAGCACCCGCGGCAUUUAGUGGUUUCUAUCACCUUCUUUCAACCUCAUCCUGCCACCCCAUUUUCAUUCCCCGCGACCGCUCCUUUUCGGACAGGGGAACUGUGGCGUCCACCCUUGCUACUCCUCAGGGCUUCCGCUCCUCCCUUCUUCCACUCCAUCCUUAUUCCUCUAUCUGGAAGCACAUCCACCUGCUACUUCCCAGGGCUUCUGCCCCUUCCUUCCUGGGGCUUCCACUCCUUCCUUCUGUAAAGUCAACCAUGAUAAACAAACAAGCAUGUACUUAUAUAUAUAUAUAGGGGCGCCCUCCAUCUUAGAAGAAGGAGACAAGAUUUACCUUUUUACAUGUACUAUACAUGAUUGGCAUACACUGCAAGUGAUGUAUGCUGCAGGGGCUGUGUAAUGCUUAUGAUACCUAUUUUUUAAAGUGCAGGCCGGAGCAAUUUAACCCCGCUGCAGAAGUCUCAUUGAGCAAAGAAGGCAAAUAUGUAGCUGCACUGAGAUAAUGCAAUAAAUGGUCACUCUUUUUUGGGCUGCAAAGUCUUAGCUACCAUGUGCGAUGGAUUAAGCGCCUGUAUUAAGGCCUGAAAUUGUUCACCUCCUUGGCAUGCCAACCAGCGCCAUGUGCCAAUCAUGCGGGAAUUUCCCUUGCUUUCAGCAAGUACUUUCCUGAUACAGUUUUUUCCUAGAAACCUUUUAUGUGAAGAUGAAAGUUACUGCUUCUUUCUUGACCUUUUGAAUAUUUGUGUUUGUUCUAAGGAGGUAGUUGGUGUUACACCUGCCGAGGCAAUAUGGCACUGACUUGGCUGGCUUGGUGGGCUGUCAUCAUCCUCACCUGUGAGCACUGAUUUGGAGUUGGAUUGUUGGGAGUAUUGACCUGACUGCGAAAUGUCAAAAUCCACAUCAGAGAGUAUCUGAUCAAUUACAGAGCAUAUUCUUUUAAAAUGAGUUGGCAUUCAUAUAUCAUAGACAUUUCUCAUGAAUCUGUAUAUUGUUCAUUUCUCUUUGUCAUUCAGAGCAGUAAAAUCAAACUUGUGAAUUGAGUGAUAGUAAAAAUUUGUCUUCUCUUCUUCAAGAACUGCAUAGUAACUGUAGAUCCUCA